UGGCUUUUUAAAUAUUUUAUUAAUAAAAAUGUCAGGAAAAAGUAAUGGCAUCACUAAAAAUGUGAAUUCUGUCCCCCAAAAAUCUGUUAACAAACCCACUAGAUUCUCUCCUAGAAAGAACAAUGGAAAAGGUCCAUCAAAAUCAGGUCCUAGUUAUACAGUCAAGAAAAGGGUUUCAACAUAUUCAUGGAGUGACGAAACAAUUGAAUUACUCAUCCAGGGUGUUUCAGAGUACCCAGUGCUAUUUGACAUUACUCGUGCUGAUUACAAAGAUGUGACUGUGCAUGCCCGUGCAAAUGAUGCUGUUCCCAAAGGAUUGCCUAAUAAUUGUACUGGUGCUGAUGUCAAAGCAAAAUGGGACUAUUUGAGAAAACUGUGGUUAAACGAGAGAAGAGAACUCAAUUAAGAAGAUCCAUCUGGUACUGGUUUGGAGAAAUCCAAAAGAAACAGACGCAAACCAUUUCCCUAUUAUGAAGCUAUUGUUGUUAUAAUCGUCAACUACAGAAACCAUCACUCGAUGGUGCAAGUCUCUUGUCAUUUUAUGUUCCCUUCCUUGUCAGCAGACGAAGUAUCUUGCCUUCUUCUUUCUCGCGUUCCUGCCAAGACAAGUGUGUCUUUCCUCCUGGCUCCAUUCAGUUCACUUAAGUACAAUAAACGCUUUUCUGUUUCUAA